UAUGCUAUAUAUAUAUACAUGUAUACUGCAGGACCUGUGCUAGCACAUCAGUCAGUCUCUUCUGAGGCUUCAGAAAAUCCCUGCCCAUUCAAUUGUUGUGAACUGAGAACGAUGUUGUGUUUCCCUCUAGGUAUAAAACUGAGAAUUGCUCUCCUAGGAUCCCUCGUCACAUUCUGCUCUGUCGGGGCACCAGACUCCGCAUUAAAUAAGGGCUCGAAAGUACUAUCAGACUCACUUCUCCUGAGUAGCAUUAGUGAAGCCAAGCAGCAGGUGGAUGCAGCAUAUUUACAUGCCCGGAAAUGCUUACAGCAAAAACUAGGGGAAGAGUUUCCCAGCCCGAUGGAUUUCCUGAAGCACUUAAAGGAUCCAGUAGGAAGAACCAGGUCUGCAGUCCGUGCUGCUGACUACUUGGAAACUACUUUGAAGCUCCUCAAAAGAAAGCUGCAGCAGUCUGGGAUGAUGAGAUUCAACAUUACAGACCUAUUGGAUAGGGAACAGAAGGAGAUGAUUUCCAAAGGAACUGGCUGCGACCAUCAGAUUCGCUCCAUUAAAUGCUCAGAGGAUGACGUUUACCGGACCAUUACUGGAGAGUGCAACAACAGAAAGCGUUCUCACUUGGGGGUCUCCAACCAGGCGUUUGCUCGCUGGCUCCCAGCGGCAUAUGAAGAUGGAGUGUCUGUUCCCAGAGGAGCAAGCGAAGGAAAGCUUUACAAUGCGUUUCCACUCCCGUUGGUUCGAAAAGUGUCCAAUGAAAUUGCUCAUACAGCCAAUGAGAACGUCACUCAAGAUCAAGAACUUUCUCUUUUCUUCAUGCAGUGGGGCCAAUGGGUUAACCACGACAUAGACUUGGCCCCUUCCAGUGGCAUAGGAGCAAACCCGGAGCUUCACUGCGAUGCUGACUGCGCCUUCAGGUCCCCUUGCUUCCCAAUUAAGUUCCCUCCUGAUGACCCGCGGAUGCUGAGAUCGAAUUCUUGCAUGCCUUUCAUCCAGUCGGCUUCCGUGUGCAAUCCCCAGACGUUCACUCGCGAGCAGAUCAAUGCCGUCACCUCCUUCAUUGAUGCCAGCACGGUGUACGGCAGCGAAGAAUCAGUGGCAAAGAGCCUUAGGAAUCAGACGAACCAGCUGGGUCUGAUGGCUGUGAACCAGAAUUUUACUGAUGCUGGGUUGGAAUUAUUGCCCUUUGAGAACAAAACAAAAAGUGUUUGUGUACUCACAAAUAGGAGCGUGAACAUCCCCUGCUUUAGAGCUGGUGACAAACGGGCAACGGAGAACUUGGGACUUUCUGCUCUGCACACUGUCUUUCUCCGAGAGCACAAUCGCCUGGUUACAAAGCUGGGGAAGUUAAAUCCUCACUGGGAUGGAGAAAAGCUUUACCAGGAGAGUCGAAACAUCAUAGCUGCCAUGACCCAGAUAAUAACAUACAGAGACUAUAUACCACUCCUGCUUGCAGAGGAGACCAACAAGUGGAUACCCCUGUACAGUGGUUACAACGAGACUGUGGAUCCGACGGUGUCAAAUGUUUUCUCCCUGGCCUUCCGAUUUGGUCACACCUCAGUGCAGCCUUUUGUAUCCCGUUUAGAUGACAGCUUCCAGCCUAUGGGUUCACUUUCCCAUGUCCCUCUUCAUCUGACAUUUUGUGCAUCAUGGAGAAUUAUAAUGGAAGGUGGCAUCGACCCACUGAUACGUGGCAUGAUGAUUGAUCGUGCAAAACUGAUGAAACAGAAUCAAAUGCUCAUUGAGGAGCUCCAGAACCACCUUUUUGAACAAACAGAGAUAAUGGGUCUGGAUCUAGCAGCUCUGAACUUGCAACGGGGAAGAGACCAUGGACUUCCAGGUUACAAUGCCUGGAGGCGCUUCUGUGGGCUCUCCCAGCCUCAAACAGUGGAUGAGCUCUCUGAGGUGCUGGGCAAUAGCAAACUGGCCAAGAAGUUCAUGGACCUGUAUGGGACACCAAAUAAUAUUGACCUCUGGAUUGGGGCAAUUGCAGAGCCCUUCAUUCCCCAGGGCAGAGUUGGGCCCCUCCUGGCCUGCAUCAUUGGCACCCAGUUCAGGAACUUGCGUGAUGGGGACAGGUUCUGGUGGGAGAACCCAGGAGUCUUCACUUUGCAGCAGUUGGAAGCACUGACGAAAAUCUCUAUGUCGAGAGUGAUCUGUGACAAUACCCGUAUAAAAAAGCUACCCAGGGACAUGUUUAGGGCCACCAGUCCUGAGAACUUUGUUGACUGCCAUGAGAUUGACAUGCUCAAUCUGUCAGCCUGGAAAGAUGAGCCUGAGAGGGGCAGCAAAGGUACGCAUCCAAAUGCUCUACAAGAAAGAAUAUAAAAGAAUUAAGAAAGAAAUAGAAGAAUUAAGGUCAGCAUGCCCCCAGACACACUUUGACCAUCCAUUCAGCCCCAUUCAGACUGCUGUCAGCCUGGCAUCCUUGCAAUCCAUCCUGAAGAAGAUGACUCUUCCUCUUCAACCAGAUGGAAAAUCCCUGACAAUCCAAUCUGUCCGGGUCCCUGUGAAUGUGUCCUUCUCUCAGCAACUUAUUCCAAGUCAGGUAGUCUAUUCCAGGACAACGUGAGUCUUCCUUCACAGGAAAGAUGUCCAUGAAGAAAUCAAUCAGGAUUACUCAAUCUGCUUCAAACUUUUACUCUGCCAGACUAAGCCUCUGCUUUGCUCUUGCCUUCCCUAAAGCUUUACAGUAUUUUGAGGGAUAUCUAGAGUUGUUUUGACAGUGUACGGCCUGACACAACAGUAGUCUAACACACACAGCCAAUGAUUAUGUUAUAAGAGAGUACAGGAGAGUCUUUAUAUAAAAAACAGCCAAUGACCUCUGUCCUCUUACUGACCUACUUUGGCAUAAGCUCUUCCAGCUGGAAAUGGAUGUGAAGAGAACAGAAGCUUGCAGAAGACAGAGCAGAAGGGAGAGGAUUGAAUUUUUCCUUCUAGCAGCCCACAUGUGGAUUAUCACAUUGGGAUUGCGUAUGUUGUCCUUCUGCACAGAGCACAGAUAUCUCCAUGCAGUUCCUGUGCUCAGUUUGAUUCAUGAUGUACGAGAGAGAUACCUGUGUGUCAGAAAGACACUGAGUAUAAGGGCUGAAUUGUGAUGACUCCACCCCAUCCUUUGGGAACCUAAUCGAAGUGUCACUUCCCUUCCCUCUGAACAAUAGCAGCUUCCUGGUUUGUUUAUUAACUUCAUCUUAUGGCCAGUGAAACAUGCUGAGCCGCUUCCUGUGGCCUUUUUAUCACCAGGCUGGGAGGAAGCUGAGCUGCCUUUGCAUAACCCAGCAGCAGUGAAAUCGCAGGGCAUUAAAAACCAACAGCUCAGAGUGAAACUUCCUCAAGCGCCAUCAGUUUGUCCCCAAAAGCACAAUUCCAAAGGGCCUUCAGGUUCCAGGUCACUGGAGGUACUUUUUGACCACAGUGUCUCUGAGGUAAAACAAGACACAGGUGAACCAGGCUAUCUGCCAUGAUGUUCCCAUUCACCUGUUACUAUUUUAAGCUGUGCAGUCACGUAGAAAUAUGGAGAGAAGUAGAUGCCCAGCAAAGACUUUCUGAUGGUCAGUAGCUCUUUCUGCUUCAUGGGCAGUUUCUAAUCUUGCUCUUGCAACCAGUGCUGGAAACUUCUUAUGAUGGCACUCAGCUGCUUUUGGGAAUCUGCUGCCCACACGUUGUGCUAAGCCAGCUGCCAUUGAUGGAGCCUCUGACACGUGCUUCCCAGAGAGGAGAUCAAGACUGAGUCUACUGUUGUGUUUGCUUUAUUGUGACGGGAUUAUCCCAUGGGUGCGCAAAAUCUUCUAAUAGUGCAAUUCUUCAAGCAGAGCAGUGAUGUUUUGUCAUCCCUUGCCAUAAAACUGGUCAGGGUUUUAGAAGACUCAGGUCCUCUGUAUUUUACGAAUGUUUAAAGGCACAGUCAAAGCAGAUAGUUUCCACAUCCCAUCAUGAAGACGUGGCAAAUCUGGAAGCCAAAGUGCUUGCGUGAAAGAGGUUUCAAAUGUUGUCCUUGAUUAUAAUCUCUUAAUUACAGUUUAUUACACACUGAUUUAGCUUUCUAAAUCAUAUUCCUUAUUCCUUGUCCCUGCUGAGAGUUUAGCAAGUUCAUUUAAUCUUUGUCACAACACCCAUUAUGUCCUUCUUUCACACAAAAGUAUGAUUUUGGGGGCUGUUUCCAGUUCGCAGUGAGAUUUCGGUCUCUGAAAACACUGGAGAAUGGCAGCUGCAUUUUG